AUUCGUGACUGGGGCUCGUCGUUUUCAACAUAGUUUAGCUGCGCAGAGUAUUUCCGCGGUGGAAAAACUUCGGUAUGCAUGUGGAGAUGUAUCCAGCAGGUUGUACUUGCUUCCACUAAGGCAUAGCGUUAGGGUUAGCGACAGGGAAGGAAGAAAAUUUCUGAUCCAUAAACCGUCUACCAAAAGCUGGAACUGACUCAAAGAUGUCAUCGAGCCCCUCGAGACCGCGCAGCGCGCCGCCGACGCCCGCCGUCACCAGCAGCACCGUGCGGAAGUGGUGUGGGGGGAGAAAGCACGAGAAACUGUCUUUUGUGAUCGCGUACGACGGCACGACGGCCAGUCGCAACGCGAUGAAUUUGUGCACGGACUUUUUCCUGAAACACAAGAAGGAAGCCACCCUGGACGUGUUGCACAUUUACGACCCCGAGGUGCAGUCGAAGCUACCGUACGCUUUCAAGGCGAAAACGCUGGAGGGCGAGCUUUCCGGACAUGGUGUCGUGCUGGGUCCGCAUCGGUACCGGUCCCACCUGCUGCCCCGCCGGGAAAUUGCCGCCGGCGCGGAGAACCGGGUGGAGACGAUUGGGAAGGUCUUGCUGGAUUACACGCUGAAGUCCGCGAAACUGGUUGCUUGCAACGUCCCGGCCAGCGUCGCGGGGCUGCCCUGUGCGGGGGACAAGGUGGGGUCGCAGGCUCGCGUUCUGUCCGGGGCAGAGAAGCCAGGAGUGGUGAGCAGCGGACUGGAUUUGAUCAUCGGGGGGUCUUCCACCGAAAAUUUUCGCAUCCCGGAGUCCACGCCGGAAGGCAGCGAGCAGGAGGAGCAGGUAGAUUUUUUCGGGAUAGUACGCUAUUCGUUUUAUCUUUCUUCUCAGAUCGUGAUCCAGAUCGAUUGCACCGUUCUGACAAGAGGGGAUCAUCCACCUUGCGUCACGUUUGUGCUGAAAAUCACCUAUUGUGGUCCACAGGCGACGACCAACAGCGUGUACGUGGAUUUCUUGGUCCUCGGGUUCAAGGGCAGUAGUCGCUUCAAGUCCGUAGAUGACGUUCUGCUUUCCUCGUCCAUCCACUACUGUUUACAAAACGCGUCGACGUCGAUGAUCAUUGUGAAGAACCGGUUUGACCCAGCGGCUUUCGCACAGUACUUGUCUGUGUCGGAACUGCUCCAGCAGCGGCGCCUGGGUACCUCCAGCGCCAACAAGUACAACGUGUUCGCGACCCCCGCCCAGUUGCUGGAAGAUGCGGACGGCAGUCCAGGGGCGAAAAACCAGCAAAAAGACCGCGGGUGCCACAUUCUGGUCUGCUUCGACACGAUGCCGUGGUCCGAAAAGGCGCUCGUGGACGCGCUGCGCAUCUCGGGGAUCGAGAAGUCCGCACUACCCGACAAGUCGGGAACUACUGCAGGUGCUGUGGGGGCGGGCAAGAAAGGACAGAAAAAAUCCACAGUACAGCAGAAGAACGACAGGAUUACGCUACUGCACGUGCUGAACGAGGAGGAAUACGAAAAUGAGGCCGCGAAGGACAAUUUGCGGGCGCACUACCUGAAUGUCCGGAAACUGUGGAUCGAGAAGAUUUUCGCCCACGUGUUGUACACCGACGAGGGUGCGGAGGAGCGGGCCGACCGCGAAUCCCGGGCCCGGGCCUCGUUGCAAAAGCAGGAAACCGAGGCGCUUCUCGAGAAGCAGGAGGACGACGCGAUUGCGGCGAGACGAAAGUCGUGGGAAGACCGCGGCAAGUCGUGGGAGGAAAUCAAAGCCAACUACGAAUGGCAGCAUUCGCCGACGAAACCCCUGCAGUGGCGGGACGAGGACGAGGAAGACGCUAGCAAAGUUCCCACAACAGAGGAGGAAACAACUGCGACGGAAAAGGAAACGACGAAAAAAUCCACCACGCCCGGCUCCUCGCGCCCCGGUACCCCGGGAACCGUGUCCGCUUCGUCCUCCCGGCGAGGGUCAGUGGCAGCGAAACAGCCGGCGAAGACGAGAGGUGCCAACAAGACCGCAUCUACGGCUUCCAACGUAGCAGCGGAGAAAACAACCGUCACCAGUACUGCCACCACACCCGGGCGCUACAAGAAGACGACAGUGUUGACAAAAGGGUCUGGAACUUCAAAGGCCAAGGAGAACAGUGCCAGUGCCGCGAGUACCACCGCUUCCAAUUCUUCCUCGUCUUCCUCCUGCGACGACGAGGCGGUUGGUGCUACGGGACCACAGGCCACGUCUACUUCUACCGGAGACGCGGCGCGGAAAUUCCGCGCCGCCGUGCGGUCGCUGAAGUGGUCGCAGCGCCUGAAAAUCCACAACCAGAAGGACUGCCUUACACGACAGGAGAAGCUACAGCGGUUGCUGGAUCGGGUGAACUUCAAGACCGUGCGGAACUCGGGCUCUGGGGUAGCGAAGGACCUUCUGUCCUUCGCCGACGAAAACAAUUGCUCCAUGUUGUGCAUUGGCACCGACGCGGCCCGGCUGAAAACCAAGCAGAGCUACCUCGGUACCUAUUGCAAUUUCUUUUGGCAGCACAGUGAGGUGUGGAUGUGGUCUGCACAACGUUCGCUCAGUAAGUGUUGAGCGCAGUUUCUCUAUCUGAUCUGUUUGUUUCAAGGAACGAUUUUCGUUCGAAAAUCAUCCAUCUCAAAUUCUAUCAGGAUCCGUUGCCGCCCACGUUCUCUGCGAGGCGGACAUUCCAGUGGUCAUUGCCCGCUACGAUGAAGAGUCCUUCCGCAGCAUUGUGGCGUGAUUGCGCACAACCCGGUAGUCUGCGUAGUUCCGUUUGCACAACUACAUGCGCAGAUAAGGGAAGUAGACGACUUCUCGGUUUCUGCACCGCAAUAAAUACUAGUUCUAGCAGCUGCAACAAAGAAGUCGAAUCGCGACUGCUGGUGGGCCCCUGCCUACUUGUUGGGUCCCACCAGCGUCUCUAAGUCAACAUCAUACAACAGCACGACGUGCCCCUGGUGCAUUUCCUUAGUUGCCUUGACUGUAACUUUAGAAAACGCCAUUAUUUCAAAUAUAAAUACUUGUUUCGCUUUCGACGUACAAUACAUUAUCGAAUGCAUCCAGCAGAUGCAGAAAAAACAGAGAAAACAUCACGGCACCUGCCGGGUAGUUAUGGUUCUGUUUUCGGAUUCAGCCUCUGUCCCCGGAGGAAAGAGAGAUGAAGAUUUUCCCUCAGAUGUACCCCCACGAUGCACACCGAUAUGACCGAAAAGUUGUUACUACUUGCCGGCGAAGAGUACCUCCUGUUGGAAGAUUUGGAAAAACAAUUUCUGAGAAUGUGAUUGAUUCGCAACGAAAACAACUACAGCUCAAUUGUCGAAAAAAUCACGGUGAAAGGAAAGCACAAAAACAAAAAAUAGUGGC